CGUUGUUCAAUUUGAACUGCCGGCAUCUGAACCAGUCCUUUUUAUUUGGCAUAUUCGGGCAAUAUGUAUGGGUUUGAAUUCGCGGUCCAUGGCAUAACAAGGUAAAAUACGACAGCAGCAGACUUGAUUUUGUUAGGGAGGAAAUCACAAUGGACGCUGUAUAUGGCGGGGAUUCGACCGCGAGAUCUCCGGCGAUGGAGUGGAAAGACAAAACGUCUCGCCAAUUUCAGCACUACCUGGACAAAUCCACGCCCCAUCCGGUGUUUCGUUGGAUAUUAUUGGCGGCGGUGGCAGGAUUGUUCAGCUUCAGGAUUUAUUAUGUGAAGGGCUUCUAUAUUGUUGCGUAUACGGUGGGAAUCUAUGUCAUCAAUUUGUUGAUCGGCUUUCUCUCGCCACAGGUGGAUCCUGAAAUUGAAGGCGCCGCAUUGCCUACAAAGGGUUCUGACGAAUUCAAACCCUUCAUCAGACGCCUGCCCGAGUUCAAAUUCUGGUAUGCAUUGAUGAAGGCAUUUUUAAUUGCAUUUGUGUUGACAUUUUUCUCGAUAUUUGAUCUGCCAGUAUUCUGGCCCAUUCUUCUCUUGUACUGGGUAGUGCUAUUUGUGCUUACCAUGCAGAAGCAGAUUAAGCACAUGAUCAAAUACAAGUAUAUUCCAUUCUCAGUUGGUAAACAGCGCUACAAAGGAAAGAAAGCACCUUCUGCAAAUUCACUCUACUCAAAAGAUUAGGAUUGACAUUUUUCUUUCAGCGGUGACAAUCUUUGUUGAUUCUUUAUUGGAAGAUUCAGAAAUGACUUUAAAUUUACUAGAGUGAAUGAUGCAUUGUCAUUCUUUAUAUGUAGUUCUUCAAUUUCCUUAUUAAUAUGGUAGCCUGGUCUUUUGAUGCAGACUUGUUACCACUUUUGUGAGCUAAAGUACACCUCGAUUUAGUUCUUCCUGUGAAGUCUUUAGAGAACAAAUUUGGAAGAUAGGAAAGAGUUUGUGUGCAAGCCACAUUGAUUCUUUAAUUUUGACUUUGUCAUUCUUGUAGAUAGGCAGAUAUGUUAAAUUUAAUAUUAGUAGCUUUUCUUAGGUCAUAUGGUAUAUGCAAAUAUCUACGGACACUUUGUAUGAAUAGUUUCCAAUUUAAAUAUUACAAUUUCGUGCAA